AUGGUUUUAAACAUCAUAGCAAUAAAAGCCCUAAGAAAAAUAUCAUAUUUUCCAAAGCCUUUAAAAACACUUCUCAUAAGUCUCGCUGUUUCUGAUCUUGGUGUUGGCUUGCUUGUCCAUCCUCUCUAUAUAGCACGUCGGUUAAUGGAAAUAGAACAAAGCGCUAACCAAAGACUCUAUAAUACGGUACACACAGCGCACGGCCUUUUUGCCUAUUUAUUGUGUACGUACCGCUUCAUUCUUGGGCAUUUUCGCUUUAACUGUCGACCGAUUCUUAGCCAUUCAUCUUCAUCUCAGAUACCAGGAACUUGUGACAUACAGACGUGUUGUUGCUGUAGUAAUUUCAGUUUGGGUGUUCAGUUCAUGUAUUUCCUUAUUUGUGUUGAACAGAAUUUGA